AUGUUCGCUCCCAAGACCAUAGCCAGGAGCCAGCCUCUCCGACCAGGCUUUACCCACGCAACGCGAUCACUACAGCAUUGCAAAGCCCAGUCGACCUUCGCAGGCCAGAAGCCCUACUGGAACCAUAUACAGCCUUGGAAAGAUGUCUCCAAUGAUGAGUUCAUAUCCUACCGGUGGCAGCUUCGCAAUACCGUAUCCGACAAGCACAAGCUUUACCAGUUUCUCAAUGCUGCCUUGCCUGACAAACUAGUCCGCUCGCAGCAUUCUCAAUUUCAAAAGAUUCGUACCAAGGAUCACUUCAUCGAGGACGCUAUCGCAGCCAUCAAGUUGGCGCCCAUGGCUAUCCGUCUAACACCACAUGUACUCUCAUUAGUUGAUUGGAAAAAUGCUGUGGACGAUCCCAUCCGGAGACAGUUUCUUCCUCUCCGAAGUGGCAUAAUCCCCGACCACAAGAACAUGGAACUGGACUCUUUACACGAAGAAGCAGACAGUCCUGUACCUGGCCUAGUACAUCGAUACCCCGGAAGAGCCUUGUUUUUGGCCACAUCGAUUUGUCCUGUAUACUGUCGCUUCUGCACACGUUCGUAUGCAGUCGGCGGAAACACAGACACUGUGUCGAAGAAACCCCAGAAGCCGAGCCGGAAGCGAUGGGAAGUAGUUUUCGAGCAUAUCGCCAACGAUAACUCUCUCGAAGACAUUGUUGUUUCCGGAGGUGACGCCUAUUUCUUACAACCUGAGCAUAUUGAAGAGAUUGGCGAGAGGCUUCUCAACAUUCCACAUAUCAAACGAGUCCGAUUCGCUUCAAAGGGGCUUGCUGUGGCCCCUGGUCGGAUACUCGACAACUCUGAUCCGUGGGUUGAUAGCUUGAUCAAAGUGUCCAACAAAGGGCGAAACAUGGGGAAGCAAGUAUGUCUCCAUACCCACAUCAACCACGCGAAUGAGAUCACAUGGAUAACGGAGUUGGCCGCGAACAAGCUCUUCAAGCAUGGCGUCAUUGUUCGCAAUCAGGCUGUCUUGUUGAAAGGUGUCAACGAUGAUUUUGAGGCGCUCUCGGAUCUUAUUAAGAAGCUCUCAAACAUCAACAUACAGCCAUACUAUAUCUAUCAAUGCGAUAUGGUACAGGGCAUCGAAGACCUCCGGACGCCUCUCAGCAAGAUCAUCACCCUGGACAAAGAACUCCGAGGGACCUUAUCCGGGUUCAUGAUGCCAUCAUUUGUCAUUGACCUCCCUGGAGGCGGUGGAAAACGUCUUGUUUCCACCUAUGAGACGUACGAGGACGGUGUUGCCGAGUACAAAGCGCCUGGUCUUCCAGGUACCAAAGGCACGAGGACAUACACUUACUUUGAUCCGAAGCCUGUAGAGUCAUCAGUGCUAGAGGAAUUCCGACAAGACCAGUUCCAGGCCCUCGAGAGAGGCGAAACGCUCGAACAGUUCUUUGCUAAGUCACCUGAUCCACCGAUUCCCACUGGACCGAUGUUGCCUACACCGAAAGAACCUCUCCAGCCAUACCCAGGAAUGAUGGUGGCACGACCCAAGCACUGGGUACCUGGAGCGGAGGUGCAUUCAGCAUACGCGCGACCCCAUGACAUCUAG